UGUAGUUUAAACUGGUGAUGCACGUGUUUUAUUUUUAUUUUUAUCUUAUGAUUGAAAAAAUUGUUUUGAUAAAUUUCUAAAACAUGUCGAACAAGGCGGAUGAUGAUUUUGAGUUGUGGAACAAUGAAAAAAUUUGUGAAGACGAAAAUGAAAAUGAGGACGAGUUGAAGCUUCAGCACUUGAAGAAAACAGUUGCACAACUUUCAGGCAAACAGAGGAGAGCAGACCUCCGAACUGAACCAACAACAAAUAUCUCCACACUCACAUCUCUCAAUAAAGUAUCUCUGGAUGAUUUGAUAAGCCCAGAAACGAAGCAGAGCAAAGAUCUGCUGGCACUGAAAAAGGACCUUAAAAAACAAAAUGUCCUUGAGAAACCACUUCACAGAGCUGAGCAUGAAAAGAUUAGAAGGAUAAUUGGAUAUGAAGAAGCAGUCAAGACCAUGACAUGCUGGGAUCCAAUUAUCAAGGGAUAUGAUAAGCAAAAACACAUGAACUAUCCUCUAGUUCAACCGAACAUUAAUAUCAUUGAAAAGACCAACACAUUCGUUAAGCAUCAAAAGCCUCUAACGAACCUGGAGCUAGCAGUGGCAGACGUGCUACAGGCCAACAAAGACCACCUCAUCGACACAAAACCAUUGUCCGCUUUCGAGGAGAGAGCCCUCAAGGCUAUGAGCAUUGAGAAGGCGCAAGCUCGAAGGGCAGAACUCCAGAAGCAACGAGCUCUCCUUUCGUACCAUGCUGCCAAGAUGAAGAGGCAGGGGAAGAUUAAAAGUAAAAGGUACCAUCGUCUGCUGAGGAAGUCGAAGCGAAAGGAGGACGAGAAGAAAUUGGAGGAGAUGAAGGUCAAAGAUCCAGAAGCUUAUCAGCAGUGGCUUGCUAAAGAGGAAAGAAAAAGGAUCGAGGAAAGAAUGACAUUGAAGCACAAGGGAGCCAGCAAGUUGAUGAAGAGGCAGACCAAGUAUGGAAAGCAGGCCGUUCAAGAUAUGAUUCAAACAGGGAAAGAGCUGGCAGCCAAGAAGGAAUUGGACAGUGACGAUGACGACGACGACGAAGAGGAGGAUGCUGAUGAAGAAGAGGAAAUGGGUGAGAAAGAAGAUGGCGCUGCAAAAGAUGCUCACAGCAAACAAGGGGUGAUAAUUAAUGAUGAUGAUGAUGAUAAAGGAGAAGAGAGUAAUGAAGAUGACGAUGUUGCUGCUGCUGAUGAUGAUGAUGAUGGGAAAGUGGGUGAUACAGAAGAUGAUGCUAAAAAAGAUGAUGAUGAUAACGCAGACAAAGAUAGUGGUGAAAGCGAAGAUGAUGACGAGGACGACGAUGAUGAUAAUGAAAAUGAUGAUGAAGAUGAAGAGGAAGAAAAUGGUGCCGAAAAAAGCAAAUUAAUUGAUGAUGACAAUGAUAAAGAUGAUGUUGACGUUAGCGUGGCUCUGAAUGAGAACACGGUGAGGAAACGAACCUACGAAGAAGUGGACAAGUCUGAUGAUGAAGAAGGCGAUGUGAGAGAGGAUAAUGACAAAGAUGAUGAUGGUGAUGACCUAGAAAAUCCAAAGCAUAAAGUUGAUGGCAUUGAUGAUGAGGACAAAACAAAGGAAUGGAAGGAAUCUCAUGGCAAAAAAAGUAAGAAAAGAAAACUUGAAACAGGCUCUAUCGUCAGACCUCAGCAGUUUAUUCAGGUCAAGGAGCGCGUAGUCAAAAAACCGGCCAUCGACGGCAGCACAUCAUCCGGUCAGUCGAAAACGAAGACAGUAAGUGAAGCCAUGGAAGAGGACGAGGUGAUGAUGGAGUUUGUGGAGGAGAAGAAACAGAUGGAGGAGAGGGACAAAUUGAAGGACAUUGACAUGACACUUCCUGGCUGGGGUGAGUGGACAGGAGUGGGCAUCAAAGUUUCAAAGAAGAAGAGGAAAAGGUUCAUCAUAAAAGCUCCGUUGCAGCCACCAAGAAAGGACAAACAUUUGAAUGCCGUCAUCAUCAGUGAGUUGAAGGAUGAGGCCAUUGCUAAACACCAGGUGAGCACAUUACCUUGGCAGUACCACAACGUACAUGAGUUUCAGAGAUCGAUCAAGCAACCGAUAGGCAAGCAGUGGAACAGGGAGGAAGUCUAUAAGAAGAAGAUCACACCAAGGAACUUCAUUAAGAUGGGGCAAAUUAUCGAGCCCAUUGAUAAAAAUGAUGUCUUUAAAAAACUUGACAAGUCCACAUUUAAUAGUUUAAAGAGCAGCAAUGAUAAAAAUAAAAAUAACUUUAAAAGUAACAAAUUAAGGAGUAAAAAUGCACCUAAGAAACACAAGGGUCCUAAAUAACCCGCACGAUUGUUGCAAUGUAAUUAAUGUAUUGUUUUAAAUAUAUUUUAUUUAUGUCAUCCUACAUUUCUUAUUUAGGGGCAUCACAUUUUAUCAUUAUUUUAUUUUUAUUUAAUUUUGUGAUUGGUUUUGUAAUAUAUACUAUUUGACUUAAAUAAAUUUUCAAAAAUCUCUGA